ACUCGAUUAAGUAUUAUCACCGGUAUAAAACCCACAGGACCAUUGUCAUUUUCAUCAGUGUAUCGCGUCCAAUCUGCCAUAAGGGUCUACGAUACGGAACAAAAUUUCGACUACCGUAAAAAGAAAAUUUCGACUAGAAAACCUAAACAAUGAACACUGUGUCAAGGAAAAUUGCCCUUCUGGCCGCCGCGCUGGUUCUGAUCGCGAUCGUUGGGUACACGGCGGCGGACAUGGCGGACGUUGGCUUGUGCAUCAGGAACUGCGCCCAGUGCAAGAAGAUGUUGGGCGCCUACUUCGAGGGGUCGCUGUGCGCGGACGCCUGUGUCAAGUUCAAGGGCAAGAUGAUACCGGACUGCGAGAACAUCGAUUCCGUGGCACCGUUCCUCAACAAACUUGAGUGACCAUCUUGAAACUGCAGUGGACCGAUUAUAUUAUUAUAUACUUAUGAACAAAUUAUUAUUUUAUACGCUGCACUCUGUACACAGGCUGCAGCCAUACUCACGGAAUUAUAGUAAUUAUAGCUUGAUGAUUUCACUCGAUUAACGUAAACACAUAGUCCAUAAUACGAUUGUACGAUAUUGUAAUCAAACGACAAUGUAUUAAUAUAAUAAACCGAUAUUAUUAUUAAAAACUA